GACCUUUCCGGCAGCACCUGGUGAAUUCUAGCUGGGAGGCAGUGAAGGAGCUCUCCAAGCUGGGCCUAGGGAUGCACCCACAGUUGAAGCUCCUCAUUUUCCAGCUGCCCGUGGAUUACAGGGAGGCAGCGAGGAGGGUCGCCAGCAUCUGGGAAGAUUUUCACCCACAGCUUGCCGUGCACGUGGGUGUGGACAGCUCAGCCAAGGUGAUCUUUCUGGAACAAUGUGGAAAGAACCGAGGCUACAGAGACGCCGACAUCCGGGGCUUCCGGCCGGAAGCUGGUGUGUGCCUCACAGGUGGCCCGGAUGUGAUCACGUCGGUGGUCAGCAUGAAGGCGCUUUGCAAGCGCGUGAUGGCUGAGGGCAUGGAGGUGGCGUUUUCUGGAGAUGCGGGAAGAUAUGUCUGCGAUUACAUCUACUACUUGUCCCUCCUCCACGGAAAUGGGCACGCAGCCCUUGUCCACGUCCCUCCACUGUCCCGUGGGCUCCCAGCCAGCCUGCUGGGAAAAGCCUUGCAAGUGAUUCUCCAGAAAAUGCUGGAAGAGAAUGAGGAAAGCCCGAGCUUCAAGCCCGGUCCGCAGAAAAGUAGAAGCACGCUGAUCGCAGCCAAAGGGAACCCAUUGUGA